AACUGAUUAAACUUCAUGUGAUAAAACGCUGUCUACGUUUCAUAAAGUAAUGUCAAAUAAGACACGUCGCUUCUCCGUAAACUCAUACCAAUGCUGUAGUACGAAAUUUGUAAGUGACUCAGUUGUCUGUUCGAAAGCAUAUGACAUUCACAUGACCAAGUCGGGUGCAGUGACCGAGGCCGCGCGAGAGCUCGAGCCCAUGUAAGCCAGGUUGGACAAUACAUUCACGCCUUCGGCAGGUAUUGACAGCUUUCACGUGAUGGCACAAGGCAUGUGACUUCAUACUGCGCUGUCAAAGUCUAGCUGGGACUGUAAGCAGUCGGUAGAAUGAUAUAGCGGGAUGAAAUCCGAAAUGAAGAAUUACCUUGGAGAAAUAUUAGCCUCCACUGCAGUUUUGAAAGACAAUUUUCUUAAUGAUUUGACAUUUUCCAGGAAGUUUCGAGGGAAUGCCCCGAAACUUGAUCGUAGCAAAGUCCGCCUGGUUGUGUACGUCGACCAUGACAAGGGAAGGACGCCCAUGUUUGAUUCAGAUUCCAUAAAAAAAUUAGAUGACCCUCCUGACCAGCCAACUAGAAGGCUGUGUGGGAGGGAAGACAACAGCCAUUCAGGACAGAAGAAUGCUCCCAAAUAUCAGUUUACCAAGCUUGGCAGUGACAGCAAGGUGUUGGAGGAGAUGAUGUUUGGUUCCGUGGGAAUGGCUUACAAAGGCUCCACACUGAAAGUGCAUUUUAUCAGGUCCCCUCCACAAAUUAUGCUGAGCAAGGUGUUUUAUCCUGAAAAACCAAAACGAGAAUCAUGUGAGCUGGACAGUGACUCAUGCAGUUACCACACAGGAGACUUCUCUCUGCCACGAAGUAUUUCAAGCAGAACCAGCUCUGGAACCAACAUGGCUAUGAGUAUGCCAAUGGCAGUUCCGUCCCCACAUGACAGUUUUACCGAUUCCAUUGAUGAUGACAGUGGCCUUGCAUCAUUUACAUCAAGUGGAAGUUUCCACACCCCGGUGCCGUCCCCGAGUGGCAACAGCACCAGCAGCUACAACAGCCUACAUCGACGGUGGAUGAGGACACAGACCACAUCACUGCAGAGUUUGAGCAGAAAGACUGCAUCCAUGGAUCAGCUGCAGAAACAGGAGAAUUCUCUUCCAAGAAAAAGAAAAUGCAAGAUUGCUCUUGGAAUUCUGUUUGGUUCAAAUGAAGAAGACAAGUUGUUCCAAAACUUCUUCUUCUCUCACAUCACGUUGUUCGAGGGUCAUGUUGAAAGGUUGGCAGCACUGGUGGAGAGAUCGUAUUUCAAUCGACAGAAAUUCAUUCCCAUGGUGAUGGAGGCACUAGAUGUAUUCCGCGGAGAUGUGCAUGACUUGUACACAGCCCCCAGGCUGCCAGAUCCAGUGUGGCUGAACAUGAUGUCAUUCAGUAACCAUCGCUAUGUGUUCUGUGAAAAAUUCAUCAAUGAAUUCAUGUCAUUGGCUGCCAAGUUUGACAACAAGUCAACCAAUUUUUUUGUGAGUACAUUGGUGUCGGCAGUGCUCACCCAUCACCUAGCCUGGGUCCCGACCGUCACACCCGCCGGGGGAACAUCCUCUAAAACUUACUUGGAAAAACACUCUGCGAAGUGGCUGGACACUUUGGCAAAGACACAUCCAUACAAUCCUUUAUGGGCACAGUUGGGGGAUCUAUAUGGUGCUAUUGGCUUCCCCCUAAAACUGGCCAGGACGGUGGUGGUGGGCCGCAAGCAGGACUUGGUCAAGAAGUUCCUGUACGUCCUCAGCUACUUCAUCCGCUGCAGCGACGUCCAUGAGCGAAAAGAGCAAGGGAAGCUGGAUGACUUCAUUAAUGACAUGUUCUUUGACACCUCCCCAUCCGAGAGCGAGAAGACCAUCCUAGACUUCGGCCCUGGAGAGGAGGAGGGCAAUGCCAACAACAGCUGUUCUGCGUUGACGGAGAAGCAUGUGUCAGGGGCAUGUAACUGUGAUAGAGACAGGAUGGACAAGUUGAAGCGGGUCCGUAGCCGGACUGAGGAGUGGUUGCAGGAGGUGCAGGAUAAGACCUAUCACAGGAUUGGGGGGAUGUAUCAAGAUGUGGGAUCUGUUCUGAAGGAAAGGGGAACUGGCAAUUCAGACACCUCUGUGAAUGUCUUUGAUGGUGGUAAUGUGAUAGAUGGAGGUAAUGUGAUAGAUGGAGGAAUUGUGAUAGACGGAGGUAACAUGAUUGACGGAGGUAACAUGACUGACAGUCAUAAUGUGAUUGAUGGUUAUAAUGUGACAGAUGGUGGUAAAAUGUUUGACAGUGGUGAUGUCAUUGAUGGGCAGGACCCUGUGUUUGGAAUGGACAAAGAAGGAAAUAUGGACUCCAAGGAAUGUAGGUUAUCCACAGCUAAGGUCAUGGAAAGUCUUCGUGUGGAAAAUGUGAAUCAUGUCCGCAAAGACAGUGGUUCAGUGUUACAGAAUGGUAGAAUAAGUGAUGGGACUGUGAAUGAUAUGGUGUCUGAUUCGAAAGGAUCUAGUGCCAAAGUAGUGUCUGUUCUUUCCCAGCAAUUGCAAUCUUCAGGGUCAGAGUCUGAUCCGAAGCUGAGCACUAGUGAGGUGAGAAAAAUGUUUCAGAAGGAAGGUUCCAAUAGCAUGUUCGAGGAAUAUUUCGUGGAUGGGAUAGAGGCAAAGACUAUUGAUGAUGUGGCUGAUCAUGAGAGAGUGGUCAACCACCCUCUUGCCAGCCCCACCGAUGGACCCCGAGUGACUGAUGGUGUCAAGGUGUUGGAGGAUGUUGUACCCGAGCUGCAGAAGCAGCAGAGGUCGUCCAUGUCGAGACAGAACAGUAUGGACAAAGUUGGUCUUUCUACUCGACCGACCACACUACCAGGCAGAUGCAGAUCGGUAACACCCACGGAGCUAGGCAGAAGACGACAUCUCUCCUCUGCCAGCAGCACUGACGUGGAGCCCUUCGACCCCAUCAACCACUGCAAGGAGCUCCCCAUGCCUGACUUGCCAGCAGAUGUGUCACCGUUUAGCAUCAAGACAUUCGAUAGAAACUUCGGAAGGUCGCUCUUAGCUGGGUACUCCGAUCACUACAUGUCCGACUUCGUCCUUCACGGCACCUCAGACCAGAACUUCCGUCAGAAGAUGCUCAAUGACUUACAGUUGGCCUCUCAGAAUUCUGUUCUUGAUGAACCGAUCGGCGAGGCUGUGUGUAUUGUGGCAGACACAGAUAAUUGGACGGUUGAGGUUGCAAGUAGUCGUCUGCUGGAUAAGUCGCCGUCUGCUACAAUGACCUGGAUGACAUCACAACUUGUUUGUAACCUCAUUGAAUCUGUGCUCAGCCUAUGGAAGUUGAAGAUGAGUCCAGAAUUUUGUCUGAUGCAUGUGGAGGACCGUCUGCAGGAAAUCUACUUCAAGAGUCAGAUGUUGUCAGAGUACGUCAAAGGUUCAUCACGGAAGAACAUGAAGGAACUUGCUCACAUGCUGGGGUUUGAUACAAGUGACCAUCCACUCCUGGCAGCCAUCAGCAGUACACACUCUCCAUCCUUCAGCGUCAACUGAACACACCAGGCCAGGAAAUUUCCACUGGUGACCAUCGUGACAGACAACCCUUAUAUGGUUGCUCUAUAUCUUCACGCCCAGAGAGAGAUGCCGAGGUGGAACUCCAUCUCACACCUGAUGUUCUGGAGAAUCUGGUGCCCUUCAUUGCCCUUCCAUGCUGCAUUGUCAACUGAUGGUAGUCGACCCAUCGAGAUCAUCUACCUCAUUCAGCAGUGAAACAUCUACAGCAGCACACUACAGCAACAACCCCUUGACCCGGGGGAAUACAGACGUUUGUCUGUGUGAUGCACUGAAGGCUAACUGUACAUACAUGUUGACAUGAUGAAUUGAUAUGUGUGGUUUAUGGUCUUCUAUAGACUUGUUAGGGACCGUUCAUAAUUUAUGGCUUUGGGGGGGUGAUGAUUUCUAUGGAGAAGCAUGUACAAUGUGACUGACCCCCUUAAAAUUUAUGUAUAAA